ACGGAGGACGGGGGGGUGGCUCUUGUGGCUGUCGCGAGGCUCAGGCUGUGGAGGCGGCGGGCAGUUGUGCCCGGGCUCGCAGGACGGGUAGAGGGAAGAGAGCUCGGGGCUGGCAGGACCCGGGCUGGGGCCAGGCCGCCAUGGGCUCUCAGGUGCUGCAGAUCCUGCGCCAGGGUGUGUGGGCGGCUUUGAGCGGCGGCUGGUACCAAGACCCGCACCAGGGCGCCGGGGUCAACGCGUUGCACCUCUACCUGUGGCUCUUCCUGCUUGGCUUCCCUUUCACGUUAUACAUGGCUCUUCCUUCUUCCAUGGUGAUAGUAGCAAUUUACUGCCCAGUGAUAGCUGCUCUCUUCAUUGUUCUGAAGAUGAUAAACUACCGUCUUCACAGAGCACUUGAUGAAGGUGAGAUUGUGGAGAGAAAUGCCAGUGAGCAAAUGGACAGGAGUGCAAAAGCAGAGCAGAAUAACUCUUCUACCAAGAGAAGGGACAGUAAUGGACCCAGUGAUCCAGGUGGAGGGAUUGAGAUGUCAGAGUUUAUUCGAGAAGCCACACCUCCUGUAGGAUGCAGUUCCCGAAAUUCUUUUGCUGGCCUAGAUCUAAAUAACCAGAUUGGAUCAGGUUUAUCUCGUCAUGGAACUGCAGCUACCAUUAAAGGUGAUACAGACACUGCAAAGACUUCUGAUGAUAUCAGUCUGAGUCUUGGCCAGAGUUCUAGUCUUUGUAAAGAAGGGAACGAAGAACAAGAUUUGACAGCUGAUCGGAAGACUUUUCAUCUGGUCUCCGUUGAUUCCUUUGUAUCCAUACAGCCCUCAUUGUCAACUGCACAGGAGUUAUCAAGAGACAGUACUGAUAAAGUGUGCCUUCCUAAUCAGCAUAUAGAUCCUUCUGUGUCUAAUGCAUGUGACACAGAAAUGGCUUCUCUGGUCCCUUUGCAUUCACACUCCUACAGGAAAGAUCAUAGACCACGAGGUGUGCCACGGACUUCCAGUUCAGCUGUUGCAUUUCCAGAUGUAUCACUAAAUGACUUUCCUCUCUAUCAGCAAAGGCGGGGGCUGGAUACUGUCAGUGAAUUAGAAGCUUGCAAGCCUCGAACAGGAUCCAAAGAAUCAUUAGCUGAGAACUCAUGUAUCUCUGGUGUAUUUCAACUAGAUGAUAUUCUAAAAUGUAGCAGUCCACAGCUGCUAGUCAAAAGCAGCAGGAGUAAGUCUCUACAAGCAGAUAAAAGUGUGGAUAGCCUGAGAAGCUUGAGUACAAGAAGUAGUGGCUCAACAGAGAGUUAUUGUAGUGGGACUGACCGUGACACAAUCAGUACUGUCAGCAGCUAUAAAAGUGAGCAGACAAGUUCAACUCAUAUAGAAAGCAUGUUGUCAGAUCAUGAGGUGUCACCUAAAGAAGAGAAAAAAAGCAGCAAGAAAAAAGACUAUGCUGUUGAUUCUGAGGACUGUCACGUUGCUACUAACAAAAGGACGAGCAAGGAAAGAACUAUAGUUGAAACUAAAACCAGCAGUUGCAUUCAAGUAGAAGAAUGCCUGAAUGCAUCAGAGGAGAUGCACAAUCAGAGGGCCCUUAGUACCUCUGCUUCAGAAGAAGCAAAUAAGAAUCCUCAUGCUAAUGAACUAACAACACAAGCAGAACAGUCUCCCGGAAAUCCUGCUGUGAAAAGAGAUGAACAUAAAGAGAAAUCUUCCGUGGUUGACUCAAGAACUUUUAAGGAAAUGGUAGAAAAGCAGAAGGAGGGGGAUGUGCGUCCUAAAUCCUGUAGCUUAAUCCAUCGGACAGGUUCAGCUCAAAAAUCUAGCAGGAGAAGGACAGGGAAAAAACGGGCGAGUAGUUUUGACACAAGUCGACACAAAGAGUAUAUUUCCUUCCGAGGAGUAUCUGCUAACAAGCCCCACAGUGCAGGUUUUUGCCAUGAUGAAGACUCAAGUGAUCAAAGUGAUUUGAGCCGAACUUCAAGUAUGCAGUCAGCCCACCAGUUCAGCAGUGAUAGCUCUUCCAGCACAACUUCUCAUUCAUGCCAGUCUCCUGAAGGAAAAUUCAAUGCCCUAAAGACAAAAUAUAUUGCCAAAGAGAGAGGCACAGACUUGGAAAAUUCUUACAAAAUUCACUUGGGCACUGAUGCGAUUGUCAAAAAGCAUUCAACCCGACAGACUCACAAUACAAACAGUGCCAAGAGUCGUACCAGGGUAUUAAGCUUGGAUAGUGGUGCAGUAGCCUGUUUGAAUGAUCCAAAUCUAAUGAUGCCAGAUACAAUAAAACAACUAACAACUUCUAAAUCUGACUUAGAGGCCAAAGAGGGAGAGGUGCUUGAUGAGCUAUCUCUGUUGGGAAGGGCUUCACAACUAGAAUCAGUCACUCGCUCUAGAAAUAGCUUACCAAACCAGCCUAUGUUUACUGAAAGAGAAGAUCAGGAGAAGGGAAGCAUUGCAGCACAAGCCAAUGAGGAAGCAGUCACAGUUCGGCGUGAACGCAGCACAUUUAGGCGUCAGGCAGUACGGCGCCGACACAAUGCAGGGAGUAACCCUACCCCUCCUUCAUUGCUCAUCGGCUCUCCCCUCAGCCUUCAAGAUGUUCAGCAAGGGCAGCAGUCCACAGCCAAAGUCAAAGUCCAGUCACGCCCCCAUUCCCAGGCAGCAGUACUCAGCGCUAGCACCUCCUUGCUGGUGAGAAAUGGGAGUGUCCAGUUAGAAGCAACACAUGACAAUGCAUCUGCUGUCGGCAGCAGCAGUUUGCACAAUGAACUUGGUAAGUUCAGUUCCACACUCUAUGAGACAGGGGGCUGUGAUAUGUCGCUUGUGAAUUUUGAGCCAGCUGCAAGAAGAACAUCUAACAUCUGUGAUACGGAUUCUCAUGUAUCAAGUUCUACCUCAGUUCGUUUUUAUCCACAUGAUUUACUUUCCCUCCCUCAGAUCAGACUGAACAGACUGUUGACCAUAGAUACUGAUCUUCUGGAGCAUCAAGACAUGGACCUAAGUCCUGAUCUGCAGGACCAUCUACAACCACAAGAGGAGUCAUCGCAAAAAGUGAAACACUAUUAUCGCUUUUGGAUCUUACCCAAAGUCUGGAUUGGUAUCAAUUUUGAUAGAUUGACUCUUUUGGCUUUGUUUGACAGGAAUCGUGAAAUCUUGGAAAAUGUAUUAGCUGUCAUUCUAGCUAUCCAAGUGGCUUUCCUAGGUUCUGUACUCCUUAUAGAAGGCUUCUUCAAGGACAUCUGGGUCUUCCAAUUUUGUUUGGUGAUUGCCAGUUGCCAGUACUCUUUGCUGAAGAGCGUUCAGCCAGAUUCUUCAUCACCUCGACAUGGUCAUAACCGAAUCAUAGCCUACAGCAGGCCCGUUUACUUCUGUAUAUGCUGCAGUCUCAUUUGGCUAUUGGACUAUGGCAGCAAGAGCACUUUUACUGCACGGUUCCAACUAUAUGGAAUGGCUUUCACUAAUCCAAUAUUGCUGCUUUCAGCAAGGGACUUGAUAAUGGUGUUUAUAUUAUGCUUCCCUAUAGUAUUCUUCAUUGGUCUUCUGCCUCAGGUGAACACAUUUGUGAUGUACCUCUGUGAACAAUUAGAUAUUCAUGUCUUUGGAGGCAAUGCCACGACAAGCCUCAUUGCAGCACUCUACAGUUUUAUCUGUAGUAUUGUGGCUGUAGCGUUAUUAUAUGGAUUGUGUUAUGGGGCCCUAAAGGAUUCUUGGGAUGGUCAACAUAUUCCAGUGCUUUUUUCAGUAUUCUGUGGUACUUUAGUGGCAAUUUCCUAUCAUCUCAGCCGACAAAGUAGUGAUCCUUCUGUCCUUUUCUCUUUAGUGCAAUCAAAGCUUUUUCCUACUUCAGAAGAUAAAAACCCAGAAGAUCCAUUAUCUGAAGUCAAAGACCCCUUACCUGAAAAGCUUAGAAACUCAGUGAAUGAACGUUUGCAGUCUGAUCUUGUUGUUUGUGUAGUCAUUGGUGUACUUUAUUUUGCAAUCCAUGUCAGCACAGGGUUCACAGUAUUGCAGCCUGUUUUAAGUUACGUUUUGUAUGCAUUGGUGGGAUUAAUAGGAUUUAUGACCCAUUAUGUGCUGCCUCAACUCCGAAAACAGCUCCCAUGGCACUGUUUUUCUCAUCCAUUGCUGAAAACCAAGGAAUACUAUCAGUUUGAAGUCCGCAAUGCCGCACAUGUUAUGUGGUUUGAGAAAGCUCAUAUAUGGCUUCUUUUUGUGGAGAAGAAUAUAAUCUAUCCCUUGGUAGUCCUCAAUGAGCUCAGCAGCAGUGCAAAGGCUAUUGCUAGUCCAAAGAGAUUAGAUACAGAACUUGGUGCUUUAAUGAUUACUAUAGCUGGUAUGAAGUUGCUGCGCUCAUCUUUUAGCAAUCCAACCUACCAGUAUGUCACUAUCAUUUUUACAGUGCUUUUCUUUACGUUUGAUUACAAUCGAUUCUCUGAGACCAUGCUGCUAGACUUGUUCUUCAUGUCCAUACUCUUCAGCAAGCUCUGGGAACUUUUUUAUAAACUGAGGUUUGUGUACACUUAUAUUGCUCCUUGGCAAAUCACAUGGGGAUCUGCUUUCCAUGCUUUUGCCCAACCAUUUGCUGUGCCCCAUUCUGCAAUGCUGUUUGUCCAGGCAAUCGUGUCUGCCUUUUUCUCUACCCCAUUGAACCCUUUUUUGGGAAGUGCAAUAUUUAUCACUUCUUAUGUCAGACCCGUCAAGUUCUGGGAGAGAGAUUACAACACAAAACGAGUGGAUCACUCAAACACAAGACUGGCUUCUCAGCUUGACAGAAACCCAGGUUCUGAUGACAAUAACUUGAAUUCAAUCUUCUAUGAACAUUUAACUCGCUCCCUUCAGCACAGCCUGUGUGGAGACUUACUCUUGGGGCGAUGGGGAAAUUACAGUACUGGAGAUUGCUUUAUUCUUGCUUCCGACUACCUCAAUGCACUUGUACACCUUAUAGAGAUUGGCAAUGGCUUAGUCACCUUCCAACUGAGAGGGCUUGAAUUCAGAGGAACUUAUUGUCAGCAACGAGAAGUAGAAGCUAUCACUGAAGGGGUUGAAGAAGAUGAAGGGUUUUGUUGCUGUGAACCUGGUCACAUCCCUCAUGUGUUGUCUUUUAAUGCUGCCUUUGGCCAGCGUUGGCUCGCUUGGGAAGUUCUAGUCACAAAGUAUGUCUUGGAGGGUUACAGCAUCACCGACAACAGUGCUGCUUCCAUGCUUCAGGUCUUUGAUCUAAGGAAAAUACUCACUACGUACUAUGUCAAGGGUAUCAUCUAUUAUGUAAUAUCAUCUCCCAAGCUAGAGGAAUGGUUAUCAAAUGAAACAAUGCAGGAAGGACUGCAACAAUGUGCAGACCAAAAUUACGUAGAUGUAGACCCUACAUUUAAUCCUAAUAUUGAUGAGGAUUAUGAUCAUCGGCUAGCAGGGAUUUCAAGAGAGAGUUUUUGUAUAAUUUAUCUCAACUGGGUAGAAUAUUGCUGCUCUCAGAGAGAAAAACCACUCAAUGCAGAUAAGGAUUCUUCGUUGGUUACCCUUUGCUAUGGACUGUCUGUUCUUGGUCGGAGAGCUCUGGGAACUGCUUCACAUCAUAUGGCUAGUAAUCUGGAAUCUUUCCUGUAUGGGCUCCAUGCCUUGUUUAAAGGAGACUUUCGUAUAUCAUCAAUUCGAGAUGAAUGGAUUUUUGCAGACAUGGAAUUACUGAGAAAAGUGGUGGUCCCUGGAAUACGCAUGUCACUAAAACUGCAUCAGGAUCAUUUCACCUCUCCUGAUGAAUACGAUGAUCCUGCUGUUCUCUAUGAAGCUAUCACAACGCAUGAACAAAACUUGGUUAUAGCUCAUGAGGGGGACCCUGCUUGGCGAAGUGCUGUACUUUCCAAUUCUCCCUCCCUACUUGCCCUUCGCCACGUGAUGGAUGAUGGCACCAACGAAUACAAGAUCAUCAUGUUGAACAAGCGCUAUCUAAUCUUCAGAGUCAUUAAAGUAAAUAAGGAAUGUGUUCGUGGCCUUUGGGCUGGACAGCAGCAGGAGUUGGUCUUCUUACGCAAUCGAAACCCAGAAAGAGGGAGCAUCCAAAAUGCAAAACAAGCUUUGAGGAACAUGAUUAACUCAUCUUGUGAUCAGCCUAUUGGAUACCCAAUUUAUGUCUCACCUCUGACAACUUCAUAUUCUGAUAGCCAUGAACAGCUAAAGGACAUUCUUGGUGGUGCCAUCAGUCUGGGAAACAUCAAGAACUUCAUAGUAUCUACAUGGCACAGGUUAAGAAAAGGCUGUGGUGCUGGUUGCAACAGUGGAGGAAACAUUGAAGACUCAGAUGCUGGAGGUGGUGCCUCCUGCACAAGUAAUAGUGUAACUGUCAACGAUUCUCAGAGCAGUGUAUCUCAAGGAGGUGGGAAUGCAACUGUUGGGCAGGGAUCUGGAGUAGGAUUGCAACCCCCUGUCGCCUCUCAUCCAGUCACCCUAGGCACCAGCCAGAGUGCUCAUUCUGUGCAGUCAAGCCUUAUCAGACAUUCCCCUGCUCGUGCUUCAGUUGCCAGCCAGUCAACAUACUGCUACAGCAGUCGUCAUUCAUCCCUCCGGACAUCCACCACAGGCUUUGUGCCUUGCCGACGGUCUUCCACCAGCCAGCUUUCCCUUCGCAAUCUUCCAUCGUCCAUACAGUCCCGUCUGUCCAUGGUGAACCAAAUGGAACCCGCUAACCAGACUGGUGUUGCCAAUAUGCAACAUGGCCUCCCUUCUUCAAGCAGUUCCAGUCAGAGCAUCCCAGCCUGCAAACAACAUGCCCUUGUUGGCUUUUUAGGGACCGAUGGAAUGACGAAUGUCACUGAUUCACAGGCAGGCACAAAUGUGAGCCCUGUGAACCAGACACAAACCAAAAGGGAUGAUGUUGUUUACAGAAUUCAGAUAAUAGAUCCUAGCCAGGUUUUGGAAGGGAUCAACUUAUCCAAAAGAAAAGAACUGCAGUGGCCAGAUGAAAUGAUAAGACUAAGAGCUGGAAGAAACAGCUGGAAAGACUGGAAUCCUCAGGAAGGCAUGGAAGGCCAUGUGAUUCACCGUUGGGUGCCUUGCAGCAGAGAUCCAGGGCAUAGGUCCCAUAUAGACAAAACCAUCUUGCUCGUCCAAAUUGAAGACAAAUAUGUUGCAGUGAUUGAAACCGGAGUCCUGGAACUUGGGGCUGAAGUGUGAUCUUCUUGGACAAUUAACGCCUAGUCCAUCUCCACAAUGUUUAGAAAUGAAGUAAGGAGUCCCAGAAGGAUACUCUACAGCUCAAGUAAUAGGAAGAGACUUGAAUAUGAAGUUAAGGGUAGGAUGUCAGUCUCCAAAAGAAUUAAGUGGGUGCUUUUGAUAUUUUUCAAGAUAGCUACUGAAGAAAAUAUUGUGCAUGAAGGGUAAACAGGAUAUAUCUUUUGCUUUAUACAUUAUUUUAUCCAUUGCAAUGCUUUAAAACAACCCCACAUUUUUCAAGUUUCAAAACAGGAGCAUCUCAUUUUUUCUAAUUGUCUUGCCAAAAUAUUUUGUCUCAUUAAUGUAGAUUCAGUUCAUUUUUUGAAGCAACUGAAAAUUGUAUAAAUGUCGAGGUCAGUGUGAAGCUGAAUAGAAUGUUUCAUUAACUGCAAGUAUAACCAGAUUUUAAACUUCUUAUUUCUUCUAAGUGGGAAAAAAGAUCAUUGAGAAAACUGCACUAUUUUUUUUAUGGCAAUGCACUACAAAAAUCUGAGAUUGCUCAGAACAUUUAUUGAUAUAAAUAUAUAUAUAUAUAUAUAUAAAAAGAAAAUAGUGUUAUUUAAAUUGCCUUUGGGAUUAGUCACCUUCACCUCCAUAUUCAUAUGAUGUUAGGAAAUACCAUUGAUUCAUUUUUGGCUACAAAAUUGUCCAACAACUUAUUUAUUCUUUCCCAUUUACAAUAUAUGGUAGAUUAACCAGUAAUUACAGGAGAAAACUCCAGGGAAGCCUAACUCAUGGUGAAACCAAUUGAUAACGUAAAUUUUAUCUUUUUACAUAAUGGGCUCAGUCAUACAAUUGUGCAUUUUCUUCCUCUACUUUUGUUACUUUCCAAUAUGGAGUCAACAAAAGUACUUUACUGGGCUCCUUUGAAAAAAUGUUUGCUUUUCUUUUUAUGGAAAACUGGAUGAGAUACAUUGUUUUAAAUAAGGUUGUGACUUUAUCUCUGUUCUGGGACUUACUCCUUUAUUAAGCAAAAUAGUUUACUUUUUAAAAAAAUUAAAGGAUAAAAAUCAGAAGGCAUGUUGUAUCAUAUUAUCUGUAUCAUUUUGCGUUUUAGCUCCCUUUAGUUGCUAUUAUGUUCUGUGACUUGAAUUUAUUUUCAAUAAUUAUAUAUUCUAUAAUAAUUGUACUUUGCAUAUAACUGUGAAACUGAUUUAUGUUGCAUAUCAUCGAUUUUUACUGAUUGGAAUUUUUAGUGUGUGUUUUCAGGGAAACAAGUUACUCAAACAGCAACAGAGUAAGGGGACAAAGUUGCAAUUUUUUAUCUUGCUGUUUCUAUGACUUGCUCACAAUGUUAAUGGAAAGUUUUAUAUGUAGUGGUUGUUUCCUUUAUGUGAUCUGAAACUGGGCUCAAUAGGAAACAGAACAAUUUGCAGUUGUAGCUUUUAGAAGCAGCCAUCUUUUAUUUUUGAACUAUUCCUAUGUUAAUUAUGCAUGGGUAAUCUUACAAGCAAGAAAUUGCAGUGAAACAUAACCAUUGUACACUUUAUGAACCUAGUCAAAUAAUGUCAAAACAUGAACAAUCUGAUACCAUAAAAACAGUCUUUGCAACUUGCUGAGUACAUUAAAGUAAAAUUCAAAUGUCAUUCUUACUGCAUUACAAUCUUGACCAUACUUUGCAAAGCUGUUCACUGCUGCAGAUAACUCUUGCUAGAAUCUGAAAACCACAAAAUUUGUCCAGGGGAGCAGCUUUAAUAAUAAAAUAUAGAAAAAAGCUUCAAAAAGAUUUUGCUGUUCUGGUAAAAUAUAUAUCACCUGCUAAUGUCUGAAUGCUCCCAGUUUAAACCCUGACACUAUCAUAUUUUCAUCAUUUUAUGAACAAGAGAAAAAUCAUUUUCUGAGUUUUGGUCAGCCAUCUUCACAUUUUAAUUGACAAUUAAAUAUUCAUUUAUCUUUUUGACUUUCCCAAACAUAGAAAGAAAAUGCAAUCUACCUUUCAAAAAGAUUAAUCAGUCAUUUUGUAUAUAUUAAAUCCAUUGAUAAAGAGAGUGCUUUUGAAGGUUAGCUUGAAUGAGGCAAUGAACACCGUAAUAUAGAAAAUUGGAUUUUUCUGAUAAGAUUUUUCUUUCCUAUUUUUAAUUAUUAAUAGGAACAGAAAUGGCACUCUGUGACAUAGGCUACUCCACACUAAUGAUUAUAUUUGAAAUUAAAUAGGUAUAUUGAAAGAGAAGAUAAUUUCAAGACUUCUAAUAUAUCUAGAUACAUUUAGAAUGUGAUAAAUUUAGUUUAAAUAAUUGAAAACAAAUUAUUUGAUUAGCACAAUCUCAAUCACACCUUUGUUAGAUAUAAAUCUCAUCUAAUUAGCAUUCAUGAAAAUAAUAUCUAAUUUUAUUUCCAGAUUUUUAAGAUGUUCAUCUCCCAAUAAUUUGGUGGAUUAUCCUUAAUGUAGGAUUAACUAGUGUUUAUGAAACUUUUUUCUUUGCUUGUUGCAGUAUAUGAGCUUGGAAGCCAAAUUAAUUGUUUUGCAGUUUUUCAUAUGUGGACUUGGUGGCUUUCUUCAUUUAAUUUCUUCAAAUAGUUAUGACAAGCAUUCUGAAAACUUUACAAUUUUUUUUUUUUUUUGCAUUUGAUACUAAGUCUUGUACAAAACUAGUAAUCCACUAAAUUAAUUUCUAUAUUAAGCUAUAAUAUUUAUGUAGAAAAAGUUUAUGAAAGUUAAUUUGCCUACUAUCAAUGUUUAUAAAUAUAUGCAUAAUAAACUGAUAAUCCAUCUAGGCACUAAUUUAAUGUAAAAUCACAGACGUAUACUUAGCUUCCCAGUUAAUAUUUUGGGAAAUUAAAGGAGAAAUUUCUUUUACCUCACCCACCUCGUGAAAUGCUUUAAUUUUCAUAAAGAACAAAAUCUUAUUAUUGCUCAAUAUUGAGGUAAUAUUCUGUAGAUGUUCUUGUAACCUAGGAAAUAGAUAUGGAGGGAAGGAAAUGUUUUUGAAAAAAUUAUAUCUUUUACAAGGUGUUUUUUUAUUAUUAUUAUUAUUUGUUGCUUUUUCUACCCAUGCUUGCUGCUGUUGGAGAAUGACUAGUUGCAUAGUUGCAAUGUUAUGUGAAAAUAUGGAAUAGAUGGUACGGAGUGUUAUGGAAGAGGCCUUUGAAAACUUAGAUUUGGGGGCACAUUUUACCCAAACUGAAAUGCCUUCUUAACAGAUGAGAUGAAGCAGUGACGCCAGCCCUUCAGUUCUAUAUAUUUUAAGUGGUAAUAACUCUACCAAUGGACUAGUGCAUUUGAAAGAGCUUUUCAAAGCAUACCUAAAUAUUUCAUAUUAGCUAUAGAUUCAGCCACCAUGGUUUUAUAUACCUAAUUUUAUUAAGAGAGAUUUUUCUUACCUAUUAUAUAGGUUCUACUUGUCUGGUCCUACUUGGUGAUUGGUAACCUGAUGCCAUUAGCCCUGCAAUGCUAGACAACAAUUAUAGCAGUAUUUAAUGUGUGCCUUAGUAAAAUGGUGGUGAGUACAUAAGACCUUGGUGGGAGCUACUGCCCAUAUCAAAUUGUCCCCAAAUUUUUUAAAAGAUGGCUGCUCUAAAAGGCUUCAUAGAUUUGUAUACACCGUUCAUCAGCAAACAUAUUUGAAAAUACCAUUUAGAUAUUUAUACUAACUUUAAAACAACCCAAAUGGAUGACAAAAGUCACAAAGGUUAAAAGUCAGACUUGUUAUUAUCUGAACUCAGCCAGAUAAUGAACUGCUUAUUAUUACCUUAAAUAAGGGAGGGCGAAGAUAAAAUGAGUUGGAAAAUAGAAUAUGUGCUUUGCAUUUACCAGCAUAUGGAGAACUUGCCAGGGAUAGGGUUAUGUGUACUUUGUAUGUGUCAGUGAGAGUAUGAGCGCGUGGAUGUGUGUAUGUUGUUUGAAACAGCCUGUAAAUAUUGUCGCUGUUUAAAACUGGGAAAAGUUGACAGGAUUUGUUUGUAACAUGUUGCUUUGAAAAGACAGUAUUGACAGUGAAAAAACAAUGAAAUUAAAAAAAAAGAUCUUCUUGUCUCUUGU